UACCAAACCAUUUAACAUCAAUUCUUUAUUCAUUUCCCACUUCUCUAUCUCCUUGUCAAUACUCACGUAACCUUCCCAUCUUCAUCUAUAAAUAGACACACAUCCCAACGUUGUCACUUGCUCAUACACAUCUCAAAUUAAAAUCUAUACUACAUACCCAACUAAUUUAGAAAAUCUUGCUUGUUUCACUUCCAAAAUAUAUAUAUAUAUAUAUUUUUAAAUACAAUAAUAAUAUGGCAAAGUUGAAGUCGUGUGCACUUCUAGCUUUGCUAGUUAUGUCAACACUUGCAACGGUGUCCCAAAGCCGAGUCGCGAGGAAAGACCUCGGCUUGGACUUGGGCGGCUUAGGCGGCGGCUUGGGACUCGGCAUCGGUGCAGGAGUCGGCAUUGGGAUAGGAGGCGGCGGUAGCGGCUCCGGAGCCGGGGCUGGCUCGGGCGCCGGCUCGGGUGGGGGUGGAAGCUCGAGCUCGAGUUCGAGCUCGAGCUCAUCCAGUUCGAGCUCGAAUGGAGGUGGAGGUGGUGGGGGUGCAGGCUCGGAAGCGGGCUCCUCCGCGGGAUCACGGGCUGGAUCGGGUUCGGGUGGUGCCGGUUCGGAAGCGGGCUCAUCUGCCGGGUCGAGGGCCGGAUCACGGGCCGGAUCGGGUGGCAACCGUGGAUGAAGGUGGUUCAUGGAAAAUAAUUAAUUACAUAUAUGUUCACUGAAAAUUGGAGCAUGGAAUAAGUAGGUCAUAAUCAUAAGAUUUGUGUGAAAAAGUAAAUUAAAAUAAUGGUCUAGUAAUGAUCAUGUUAUCAUACGUUGUUUGUGUUAAUGUUGUUGGUGUAACGUUGUUAUUGUUAAUUAAUAAUUAUGUAGUGUUUAUGUUUA